ACGAAAUGCUUUCCUGAAGCAGCAGCAAGACGUAAUAGACAGAUUUAAACGUUUAACCUUAAAUUUAGGAAGGAAUCAAAUGAUAAAGAACUGAUCUUGUACUGAAAUGCGCCGUUUUUGUAAUAUACGGCUGUUAAUGUUUGGCUGAUAUAAUCUACAGUUAACUUCAGCAUUAGGAUAAAAGGUGGGAGGCUCAUAAAGUUGUCUAAAGGUAGAGGUAAUUAUAAUGGAGCCAUCCACAAGCUACAAAGCUGAAGAGCAGCCAGUGGUGGGAGAAGUACUGGGCAGCGGAGCAGCAGGUGAGGAUGAAGAAAAGCAGACGCAAAAGUCUAACAUACUGAGGGGGACUGGGCAGUCUCAAGUCUACACUGCAACAAGAGAUACACUUUUCUCAAAGAAGAUAACUGAUGCUGAAGCACAUGCAAUAUCACUAGAAUUCAUCUUUGGCAUGAAUCAUGCUCUUCCUGUUUUCACGCUGCAAGACCGCGAUGAGCUGGUGCUCCUCUUUGCUGCGGCUCAUGUUGGGGUUAUUUACAAUCACACCUCAAAGUCCCAGCACAUGCUUAAGGGCCACUCCCACUCCAUUUCAUCUAUGUGUGUGAGUGAAGACAGACGCUGGAUUGCAACUGCAGACCGGGGGCCAAAAUGCAUGGUGAUCAUAUGGGACUCCUACUCUGGUAUUCCUGCGCACACCUUAUUCGAUUGCCACCCUGACGCCGGUGUGACCGCGGUAGCAUUUUCAAGUGACACAAAACAUCUGGCAACCCUUGGGACAGAAGAAGUUCAACGUGUGUGCAUUUGGGACUGGACCAAUGAAUCAGAAAAGCCUCUGUGGUUUACUGAGCUCAAUCCUAAAUAUGGUUUUCAAGAUCACAUCAUGUUUAGGCCGGAGGACAGCUCUCAGCUGCUCAGCAGCAGUGAAAGUCAUGUGUUAUUCUACAGCAGCGCCUGUGGAAGCCUGCAGUACACUGACCUGAAGUUCAAGAAGUUCAGUAAGGAAACCAGAGGUGCUACUGAAUUUACUUCUGACUACUCUGAAAAUUUCAGCACGGCUAAUAUGUCUCUCAGUCGGUCUGUGUUUCACUGGAAAAAGCCUGCGAUCUUAAUAGCCUCUGGAGGCAGUGUUGUGGUGUGGUAUGUGAAGGAAGAGUUGCUUACUAACAAGAACCUAACCAAACGCAUAACCAGACAAAUCGACCUCCAGCAACAGCAAAUCACUGUUCUGGCCAUCACUGAUGGCUGCAUUGUAACUUGCAAUACUCAAGGCCACAUCCAUUUUUACAAUGAGGAUUUCCAUCUCCUUGCUUGGUACACUGAACUAAAUCUGGAAGCCAUUCUUUCCAUUUCAUUUUCCAAAGAAUGGAAGAAGAGAGAGCAGGAGUACAGUGUGGAACCCAAACCCUUAAUUACCAGGAACUUUGUUGUGGCCAGUGCCAGUCACGGAGUUAUACAUGUGAAUGCAGAGAGCCUCAUCACUCAAACUGUGCUGCACGAGGAAUACAAGCCUAUAUAUGCGGUGGCAUGCCACCCCAGUCAGCCAACUGUGGUCAUCGGCAAUCACGGAGGCAUUUUAAAAAUGUGGGACUAUAAUACCAAAAUGAUUACAGGCAGAAAGGUCUUUAAAACUGAGAAGCAGAUUCAGUGUGUCACUUUUGACCCUACAGGAUUAUAUCUGGCAGUGGGUUUUGGUAAUGGAGCUAUUCACAUACUGAAUGCCUGUACUUUACAAAGUGAUCCAGAGGAAGGGUUACGUUACACCAAAGACAGCAUCCAUCUCAUCACCUUCUCCUCAGACUCAACUUAUCUCGCCACUGCGGAUGAUGGAAAAGCAGUGUCAGUGUUUCACUUGAACACUAAAGAAGGAUUUUCAUCUCAGUGGAUGUAUCUGGGCAGAGUCCGCUCUCACUACAAGCCCAUCAAAGAUCUUCUUUUCGGGGUUCACCUGGACAACACCCAACCCAGACUGCUCUCUCUGGGAAUGGACUGCCAACUGGUGGAGUACGACCUGGAGCACAGUGACGUGGACAAGCUCCUCAUCUUACGCUCGGAGCGCAUUGAACAAAGUGGCGUGCCGACGUGCAUGACUUGGUAUCCUCCCAUCACGACAGAGCAGUUUCUCCUCACUGUCUCAGAUCAAUAUAAGAUGAAGCUUUUCAAUAGCACAACAAUGAUGUGCAGAAAGACCCUUCAAGGCCCAACAUUUGGCUCUCCAAUUAAAAACAUAGUGGUUCUACCCAAGUCUGAAAAAGCUGACACAAACUCAUAUUGCCUGGCUUUCAUCACAAAGGAAAAGUUGGGUCUCCAGAUUCUGCCCCUAGAUGGGAACCCCUACAAGUCAAAUGCUUUGAUCUGCCAUUCAGCAGGCGUGUCUGCGUUUGCCUGCUCCUAUGAUGGCAGAUUGAUUUUUACGGCAGGAGGAUCAGACUGCGCAGUCCUCUCAUGGGAAAUAAACUUGAAUGUGCUGGAGGGAGCAGCUGCUUUGGGCGGAAAGGACAUGGUACCAUUUUACAGUCUCUUAGAGGGAGGACAGGACGGCAGGUUCUACAGAGAGAUCGAAGACUUUUUCUACUACUGCCAAAUCCAUCAUCAAGGCAUGGACUUGAUGGAAGAACGACAAGUGUCCUCCAAAAUCCCAUUGUCAGAGGUUCCCUCUCUAAUGAGAGCUUUGGGCUACUACCCUACUGAACAAGAGAUAGAAGACAUGCUAAAUGAGGUCAAGUUCAGCAAGUAUGCUGAAACAGGAAAAUAUGUAACUGACAUUGACAUUGAGGAGUUUAUCAAGCUGUAUGUCAACCACCGGCCAGCCUUCAGCAUCUCUAGCAAUGAUGUGGUUAAAGCUUUUCGCGUCCUUGGUAGCAUUGACAGUACAGGACAGCCUGUGCUGCAGAGACAAGAGCUGCUAGAACUUCUACAGGUUCGAGGAGAACACAUGACAGAGGAAGAGGUGGCGGAGUGUUUUGCUGCACUUUUAACCCUCAAUGAUGAGGCAGAGGAGGAAGAAGAAGGGGGACUUUCUGAACCUAAAAGUGGAGAUUCAGAACAUACACUGGGCUGUGUGAUCCCAUGUGAGAUAUCUGUGGAGACAUUUACAGGUCAUAUCCUAGGCUUCCCAUCCUCAGCAGAGCAGAGAGGAGCAGCAGGUCUUCCCCCUCCAGAGUGACAAAGCAAAAACACAUCUGCAUGAGAAGCUGUGUUUAUGAUGAGGUUUUAACUCUGCUGGUCUGUUUAAAGCUUAUAACAUGUCAUUAACAGAAGAUUGAGUUGAAUUUUAUGUUUUACUUAAAAUAUGCAACUUGUAUCC